AUGAGUCCUGCAGCGAAACUUCCUAGCCGGGCUUGGGUGACUCUCUUGACUCGGACAAACUACAUCGCAGGAGCAGUCCUACUUGCACAUAGCCUCCAAAAGCACAAGUCAAACUAUCCACUCAUCAUUCUCUACACUCCGAGCUUGCCGAAGGAAUGCCUCCCAGCACUUCGCCAUGAAGCAUCACUCAGCAAUGCAAUUCUCAGACCAACGGAACCUCUGGUUCCAAAAGAACAGAGAAACUUGAUAGCAGCGAGAUUCGAGGAUACCUGGACUAAAUUGCGUAUUUUUGAAUUGUUUGAUUAUGACAAGCUGGUUUUUCUCGAUGCAGAUAUGUUGGUUUUCCGCAACAUGGAUGAGCUCUUUGAUCUCGAAUUGCCGGGGAAAGAUUGGAUUGCUGCAAAUCAUUGCUGUGUGUGUAAUCUGGAUAAAGAUGAAUGGGCUCCUGGCGACUGGGUCAAGGAGAACUGUGCGUAUACUGGUCUCACCCAUCCGACUUGUCUGGACAAUCCCGUUCGUGUUCCAAGAGGUGGGGAAGGUCUUAGGACGCAUACCCUCCUCAAUAGUGGACUCUUCAUAUGCUCUCCGUACGAGCAGCUGUGGACAGAUAUGCUCCAGUUUCUGGAAACCUCACCGCUUGUGAAGGACUUCAUGUUCCCUGACCAGGAUUUUCUCGCUGAGUUCUUUCGGGGAAAGUGGCAAGCUGUUGGCUACCAAUACAACGCGCUGAAGACAAUGCGGUACUGGCAUCCGGAAAUGUGGAGGGAUGAGGAGAUCAGAAACUUGCAUUAUAUUGUGGACAAGCCCUGGAGCAAACGUGUAGGGAGUGACGGUAUCGCUGGAUAUCUGGGAAGGGAUGGGGUGACGCACCAAUGGUGGUGGGAUGAGUAUGAAAGCUGGGAGAAUGAGAGAGAAAAUGUGGGUGAGACUGCUGUCUUGGAUAUGGUACGGAGGAGUUCUCCUGCAUUAGAACGACUGGGAGCGAUCAGCACGAAGGUAAACAACUCACACAUUAUCCCCCAGAGCAAUUUUCAUGCUCAGCCAACGAGAGCAUGA